GGAAACUUGAGGAAUUUAACCACUUUGUGUCUUGAUGAAAACGAGCUUUCUGGUUACAUCCCUCAUGAAAUUGGAUUGUUAAGAUCUCUUAAUGAUCUUGACUUGUCAUUUAACAAUCUUAGUGGUGCCAUCCCGUCUUCCAUUGGAAACUUGAGGAAUUUAGCUAGAUUAGUUUUUAUGUAUAACAAAAUCAAUGGCUCCAUUCCUCCGGAAAUGAGACACCUUACACAUUUGAAAUCUUUACAGUUAGCUGAGAAUAAUUUGACGGGCCAACUACCACAAGAGAUAUGUCUCAGUGGAGUACUUGAAAAUUUUACAGCUGAUGGAAACAGUCUCACUGGAUCUAUCCCAAAGAGCUUGAGAAACUGCACUAGCUUGUUCAGAGUUAGGCUUGAAAGAAACCAACUUGCAGGAAAUAUAACAGAAGAUUUCGGUAUAUACCCAAAUUUACGUUAUAUUGAUUUGAGCUACAACAACUUGUAUGGUGAGCUUUCACAUAAAUGGGGGCAGUGCAAGAGCUUGACAAGCUUGAAAAUCUCCAAUAACAAUAUUUCUGGUAUGAUACCACAUCAGCUUAGGGAGGCAACCAAACUAGAACAACUUGACCUCUCUUCAAAUCAUCUUGUUGGGGAGAUACCAAAAGAAUUAGGUAUGUUGAAGUCAUUGUUCAAUUUGGUGCUAGGCAACAACAAACUUUCAGGCAACAUUCCUUUGGAAUUAGGAAAUUUGUCCAAUCUUGCACAUCUUGACUUGGCAUCAAACCAUUUGAGUGGCCCAAUUCCCCAACAAGUUCGAAACUUUGGGAAAUUGUUGUCCUUGAAUUUGAGCAAGAAUAAGUUUGGGGGGAGCAUUCCUGUUGAGAUUGGAAAUGUGAUCACUCUUGAGAAUCUUGACCUUUGUUAAAAUAGGCUAACAGGAGAGCUACCACAACAGCUUGGACAACUAAAAAGCUUGGAAACAUUAAAUCUCUCCCAUAACAAUCUCUCGGGUACCAUUCCGCUCACUUUUGAUGAUUUGCAAGCCUUAACAUCCAUAGAUAUAUCUUAUAAUCAGCUGGAAGGUCCUCUACCCAACCUUAAAGCCUUUCAAGAUGCUCUGUUUGAGGCAUUAAGAAAUAACAAAGGUUUGUGUGGUAACAUUACUGGUCUUGAGGCAUGCAACACCAGCAGAAAGAAGGGGAACAAUUUUUUUAUUUUGAUUAUACUCCUUGUUUUGAGCAUUUUGUUGUUUUCAUUUAUUUCUUGUGGAAUUUAUUUUCUUUGUGAAAGAAUAAGGAGUAGAAAAAUCAAGUCUAGAGAAGCACCAACUACGGAUCUAUUUGUAAUAUGGGGCCAUGAUGGGGAAAUGUUAUAUGAACACAUCAUUGAGGGGACUGAAGAUUUCAACUCCAAAAAUUGUAUUGGCACUGGAGGAUAUGGAACUGUUUACAAGGCCGAGUUGCCAACAGGUCGAGUUGUUGCUGUGAAAAAACUCCACCCAACACAAGAUAGGGAGAUGGUUAAUCUGAAAGCUUUCAAAAGUGAGAUUCAAGCUUUAGCAGACAUUCGACAUCGCAACAUUGUCAAGCUUUAUGGCUUUUGUUCAUGUUCAGAAAACUCAUUUUUGGUUUAUGAGUUCAUGGAAAAAGGAAGUUUGAGAAACAUUCUAAGCAACAAGCAAGAAGCAAUAGAGUUUGAUUGGAUUUUGAGGCUAAAUGUUGUUAAAGGCAUGGCUGAAGCUUUAUCUUAUAUGCACCAUGAUUGCUCCCUUCCUUUAGUCCAUCAAGACAUAUCAAGCAACAAUAUUUUGUUAGAUUCAGAAUAUGUAGCUCAUGUAUCCGACUUCGGCACGGCUCGACUUCUGAAGUCAGACUCAUCUAAUUGGACUUCAUUUGCAGGAACUUUUGGUUAUAUUGCUCCAGAACUUGCUUACACGUCAAAAGUGGAUAAUAAAACAGAUGUUUAUAGCUUCGGAGUGGUAACACUGGAAGUAAUUUUUGGAAAGCAUCCUGGGGAACUCAUCUUAUCUCUCUUAUCAUCAAUGUCCUCCUCAUCCUCAUCACCAUCAACCGUCUAUCAUUUGUUGUUGAAUGAAGAGAUAGACCAACGUCUUGCAUCUCCUGUGAACCAAGUGGCUGAGGAAGUAGUGGUUGUAGUGAAGCAAGCACUCAGAUGCUUGCAUGCUAAUCCCCAAUCUCGACCAACCAUGCGACAAGUUUGUCAGGAACUCUCAAGACAGUGGCCGCCAUUGUCAAAGCCAUUCUCCAUGAUUACUUUGGGUGAACUGCUUGGUCAUGGAGGUGAAACUAGCUAAGGGUCUUCACUCCUCCAUGUAUUAUAUGUUUAUUUGUUAUCAAGCAUUAUGCAUGCCUUGGAUUUUAUUUUUCAUUUUGUCUUGGUAUUUUGUUUUCUUAUUUCAUUCAAGUGUACUUUGCACAAAAAGAUUUUGCAAGUUGGUUUAUAAACCAAGUGUU